AUGAAGAGGGAACGCGUGCCAGCCUGUGGGGCCAACUUCAAGCGACGGCGGGAUGUCACGGGGACGAGUGGUGCGCGCUCCGAUGACGAUAGGGCAGCAAGUGAGGAAACAAAACGUUUCGACGACAAGGAUGCGGAGUCGGGGCCUUUCCUCUCCCUCCUGGGCGCGUUGUCUUCGGAGAGCAAGCGAGCAGCGGUCGCCCCGAGGCUUGAUGAGGAGAGCAGGCACAAGGCCGACCAUGUGCAUCAGCGAACAACUGGCGAAGAUGCGGCUGGCGGCAACGGGGAUGUGCUGAGAUCCUCGCGAGCGGUCGGCACUCAAGCACCGCUACCGGCAGCGACGUUUUGCGUUGGCGAGCCAUUGCGCAGCGACCCGCGUGACGCGCAUCUCUGUCGCGAGCUGCUUGACGAGGAUGUCGCCGCGCUCUCGUCGACGUCAAGUGGAAACGGGAAGGUGCACUACGAAAAAGUCAACUGGGAGGUAGCUCGUGCAGUCAACGGCAUCGAAAUUCGCAGAGCGGCGCCGGCGUGCGGCGACCCGGUCGAGGCACAGCGGCCGCCGCCACUCGCACCAACGCUGGAACAAUACGCCGUGCGGCCGCGCCUUGCACAGCGAUGGCGAGAAGUGCGGCAGGCUAGCAGCGGCGAUGUGGAAGCAAAGACGUCCACCACGCCUGACUUUGAGGUGAAGGAACAACAAGCACUCUUCGCCAUGCUCAACAGCUACCACGAUGUCCUGCACUCCGCUUACCCAUACGAGGCGAGUACGGCAGAACGAAGCCCACAGAGGGACGCAUAUAUCCUGCACAUCGCAAGUCACAUCGCUCGUGCCGCGGACGCCGUGCGUCGGAACAAUCAUGCGAUCAAGGCAGCAGAACGUGGAGGCAAGGCACUGCAGGCGUUGCCAAGGGACCUGGGAUUUGUGCGGCCUCGCGUGCUCCUGCUCGUACCUUUUCGCAGUAUCGCUCUUCGGGUAGUCCUCCGCCUCGCGAGCGUUCUGCAGCGCGAAACAAGGGCCGACUCAAUUCAGGGUCGAGAGAAACUCAUCCGAGAGUUCGCUCUCCAGAGCGGCGACGCAGCGGAGCCGUCGCGCCGCGACGAAGGUCGGAAGGGCCGGAAGCCUGCCGAUUUCACUGCGCUCUUCGAUGGGAACUGCGACGACCACUUCCGGCUAGGCAUCCGCGUCACGCAAGGCUCAGUGAAGCUCUACGCCGACUUCCUGGACGCCGAUAUCAUCGUCGCAUCGCCGCUGGCGAUCGCGACGAAAGUCGAUGAGACGUUGCGCGCGCGUGGAUCGGGCGAGUGCGACUUUCUGUCGAGUAUCGAGGUUGUGGUAGUAGAGCGGUGCGAUAUUAUGCAGAUGCAAAAUUGGCGCCAUGUGGAGACAACAUUCGAUAACCUGAACAACAUGCCAGAGAAACAGAGUGAUGUCGAUGUCACGCGCGUGCGAGAGUGGCUUCUAGCGGGCCGCGGCAAGCAUUAUCGACAGACGAUUCUCCUUACGUCGUUUUUGUCAACCGAUGUCAUGUCGCUCUUCCAUCGUCGCUGCGCUCCGCACGCUGGUCGCUUGCGUUUGAAAGCGUCAUGCUCGAGUGGCGUGAUGACAGCUCGUGUCAGGCAGCUGUUUCAGCGUUUUGCCUGCCACACUCCUGGUCAGGAUCCAGACGCCAGGUUUCGUCAUUUCACGGCAAAGGAGUGGCCGCGGAUCCGAGACGGUAGCGCGACUGGACAAGCCGUCUUCAUUCCUUCCUACUUCGACUUCGUCCGCGUCAGAGACUUCCUCAAGGAGCAGGGACAAGGCGCCAACGUCGCAGCACUGUCGGAGUACACGAAGGACUCCGACAUGACCCGCGGACGCGCGCUCUUUGUCCAGGGUCGCCGCAAGCUGCUUCUGUACACUGAACGUGCCCACUUUUACAGGCGCCUGAGGAUCCAAGGAAUCAAGGACCUGCUGUUCUACGCUCUCCCUGAACACGAACAGUUCUACCGCGAACUUGUAGAUCUUCUCGAAGUGCGGUCGCGCGGUCCAGGCGGCACGCACGCGCCCGUGGUGGCCAUGUUCUGCAAGUGGGAUGUUUUGCGCCUGGAGCGCAUCGUGGGGGCAGAACGAGUGAAGAAGAUGAUCAGCGGGGAGGGCAACAGCUACUUGUUCGCCUGA